AUGGGACUUCCUUCUCCAGGUACAUGGAACACACAUGUUUAUUUUUAGAUAUGAAUACAUGGAGGCCCUGAUAGUAUCUUUCAGCAACUGGGAGAAAAUAUUCUGGGGAUAAAUGCUUAAAUGGGGGUGGCUAAGAUUUCCCACAGCAAAGUGCUAGCCAUACCUACUUCUUGUGGCCAUAUUUGUCAUUAAAGGUGCCCAGACUUAGUAGCUCACAAUCUAAGCAUCAAGAAGAUUUUCCAUGUGAGAAGGUGGACAAGAUUUCUUACAGAUCAGCCCUUGAAGAAAAGAGGGCUGGUAUUUUUAUUCCUGCUUCUUUCUCCCUUUCUUCUCUGUUCUGAUGGCUUUUAUUUUCCUUCUCGGUCUCCUCUAAUAUUCAUAUAGCAUUAUUAUCCACAAGAAGCUACAGGAGUAGUCAGUUCAACGUGCUGUAGCCCAUUUGGAAAGUGAAAAUUAACAGCACAGAAAUGUUCGAGUUUGUGCCUAUUUCAGAGGAAAGCAAUUGUCAAAAUUCAGAAAAUGUUUUUGCAUUUGCCAAGUGUGUUGUUCAGAGCUUCUGGCAAUCAGAGACAUUUAAAGAAACCAACAUAAACAUAAUUCAGUAUGGAGAAAAAAUGUGUUUCAGAAUUCAGCCUCUCAAGAACACAUCCUAUGCUGUGAGUGUAGAACGAAAUAUGGUGGAUAAGAAGCUUUUCCUGUUGUUUGUAGCUGGUGUUUUUCUGUUCUAUUUUGCAAACACCUUGAGUAGAAGCGCUGUGUUUUAUUACUCGGCUGGACUGGUACUGGGUAUCCUUGCUACGCUAGUCUUUCUCCUGUUAACAUUGAAAAGAUUUAUUCCAAAGCACAGCACCUUUUGGAUUUUAAUGAGUGGAUGCUGGAUGUCCUCUCUCUAUUUUAUUCACUAUUUGCAAGAGGGAAUGAAGUGGCUGUGGUCUGAAUAUAGAAUCUACCUACUAGGAUACUUUUUUACUGUUGGCUUUAUCAGCUUUGCUGUUUGCUACAAGCAUGGACCACUCACCAAUGAGCGAAGCAUAACCCUGUUGACAUGGACAUUACAAAUGAUAGCCUUCCUCUUGAUUUAUUUUAGUGUCACUAUCCCUGAGGUUGCAUAUGCAAUAAUAGCUGUCAUCCUCUGCUCCAAAGGCCUGCAUUAUCCUGUUGGUGUGAUCUGUUAUGUGGGCAGCAAAAUCAAGAAUCUUUUAAAAUCAAAAAAGUCAGCGUUUCGGUAUCUUACUGAAGAAGAAUAUGGAGAGCAAGGGGAAACAGAGACCGUGAAAGCCUUGGAGGAGCUACGCUUGCUCUGCAGGGAUCCAGAUUUCCCAUCCUGGCUAGCAGUGUCCAAGCUCCACUCCCCUCAUAAGUUUGCAAACUUUGUUCUGGGAUCUCCCCACGUGUCAUCUGAAGAACUGAAGGCACAUGAUGAGCAGUAUGGCCUUGGGGGGUCUUUCUUGGAACAGCAACUCUUCAAUACCAGGACAGAGUCAGAGCAGGACCACUCAGCUACUCCCACUGAGGAGGAGGAGGAGGAGGAGGAUGAAAUUCAGGAGCAAAACAGAAGUGAAAAUGUUGCAUUUUCCUACAAUGAUGAAUUAUUCUGAACCACUUGGAAAAUCUCCUGCAAGAGAGGAUAAUUAAAUUCAAGGCGAUCUAGACUGAGUGCUUGCUCCUGGGAAGCUCUGCUUCUUACUGAACAGUAGGGGGCAACCAAGAUUCUUUGACAGUCAUAACUGAGGCAGUUACUACACUUAUAAGCAAAAGCAAUGCUUAUGUUUUGGCUAUAUUGUUAACUUUAGUCUGCAUAUUCUCCGAACAGGUGCAACACAGGCUGCAGCAAUGCAGCCACCUCACCACAGUGCCUUGACUCCCCUGAAGAAAUUACUUCUGGAGGAGGCAAUCUUUUUGGACCCCAGGUCAUCUCAGCAUGUGGCCCCUUCUGCUGAGAACAGGACAAAGAAGAAAUUAUUAAUAAUGUACUUUUAUGAAGUACCCUAUGCGCUAAUGAAUUCACUUGAAAUCCGUUCUAGAUGUACUGAUAAAAAAUAUUUUUUGACAUACUUUUCUGUUAAUGAAGCACAGAGAUUAAAAGCAAAAUUAGAGCGCGACAGCUUCAUAAACCUUUUCUCUCUGUUCUGACCAGGCCUGAUCUCUCCCUGGCUUCAUCUGCCCUUCCAUGUAACUUAAAAGCUCUUCCUUUUGAAGACUCCUGCACUUCUUGGCUCCUCCCAGCUUCCAUCACUCCACUUCCUUUCUCUUUUAACCAAGUUACAUACCUGAGUGCCAUGCCUCUAUUUCCUUUCCCAGACACAUGCACCCUCUUCCAUGAAGCCCAGUAAUGCUGACCACUCUGGCUGACCCAGGUUCUUUCUAUAAGAGCUGCAAAGGAUAAAAAUUACACAGUAUUUUUAACUAUU